AUGAAAAAGGCAUUACAAAGAAAGUCCCACGUGGGACUUGACAGAAGAGGGAGGUCCCCGAGUUCAGGGUCCCAGUCCCAGUCUGCAACAUCCUUGGAGCAGCCAGUGGCUGAGCAAGCUGAGUCUAUUGAUAACCCACUGCAUGAAGCUGCCAAACGUGGCAACCUAAGCUGGUUGAGAGAGUGUUUGGAUAAUCGAGUUGGGGUCAAUGGCUUAGACAAAGCAGGAAACACAGCUCUGUACUGGGCGUGCCACGGAGGCCACAAAGAUAUAGUGGAUGUUCUGUUUACCCAGGCAAACCUAGAGUUAAACCAACAGAACAAAUUGGGAGACACAGCUUUGCAUGCUGCUGCAUGGAAAGGUUAUGCAGAUAUUGUAGAGAUGCUGCUGGCAAAGGGGGCAAGAACAGAUCUGAAGAACAAUGAGAAGAAAUUGGCUUUAGACAUGGCAACCAAUGCAGCUUGUGCUUCCCUACUUAAGAAACAGACUGCAGGUACAGUCCGAACAUUAAGUAAUGCAGAGGAAUACCUUGAUGAUGAAGACUCAGAUUAAUGUUUUUCAGUCAGCCUAAAGAACUAUAACCUGCAUUGCCUAUGUCGUUCCCAAAACGUAUCUUUGCAACUGUAAAAAUAUCUUACUUAGAGUAUUGAAGUCUUCCAAUAUAGCGUCUAAAUGAGAGGGUGAAAUCAUGCUUUCCAAAGGAAUAAUUUUCACAUGUGCCCAAAAUUAUCACAUUAUAAAUCAGAGUUGCUUUGGAAUUAUCUGACAGAGGAAAGUGUGGCAUGCCCUCCUGGGCAGAGGACCAUCUUCUAAACUCAACAAGUUUCAUCUCAGGCUCUCCCAGCAAGUGCCUUGCAUCUCUGGAAUACACUCCUCAAGCUGAAAUGUCCCUCUGGGACAGCACAACACUGUUGGUAGGGUUUCCCAGAAUCUCUCUGGAUAGAGGUUCCUUUGUGCAGAUAAGAUAAUAAUGGCAGAAUCAGUGAGUUAGUAUCAUCUGACAGGCAUGAAUGGAGAUAGUACUAUAGAGAGUGACCAUUUUUUGCUCACACAGAGUUAGCAAGACAAGUUUUGAACAAGGUUUAAUUGUCUUGUUUUUUGGUUUUUUUGCUCUGUUUUUUUAAAGUUUUUCUUCUCCCCCCCCCCCCAUGCCUUUGUGUACCUCUGUAAGUAAGGGGUAGAAUGACAUGGGAAAAUGCCUCUGGAUGAUUUCUGUCUGUUGCUGUGGGCCCAAUUCCUGAAAUGUAAACUCAGGUGAAAUGCAACGUGCAUACUUAAGUAAGUUUUGCUUGAGAAAUACACUUAAUUUUUGGACUUAGUGACUUGAUAAUUUUGCUUUUUGAAGUGCCUUUUGCUGAAACUAUUCAUAGUGAAAGGAGGACAGAAUAUUUUUCUAUUUAUCCUGCCUAUUUUUUUUAACUAUCUCUUGCUUAUUUUUUAAAAGUAUUCUUAUAUUUUGUCCUAAAUUACCUCAAAGCUUAAGUGUUUUUGAAGAAAUGAGGAAAGAUGUACAUCAAGUAUACUACAGGUAUCUUUAGAAAAGAUAUCUGAAGCUGAAUAAACAUUAAAAAAUUGUAUUGCUUCUUUCUGUGAAUUAAAAAAGAGCUAAACAAUAAAUUGAGCCACUUUCAGGCUUCCUUGCAGAGUUAAAAAAUAUGUACUUCAUUCAGAAUAGGUGCAGCCCAAUAUUAUACCUUACUGAGGGAUACUUCCUUAUUGUGAUAGUAAGUAAAUGUUAAAUGUAUUUGAGCUACAUUUUGGAAUUGUUAUUGCUAACUUAACAUAUUGCAACUUUGUCAGAUUCAGUCCUACAUAGUAGUCUGUGAUACUUAAAAAGAAAAAAAAAAGCAAAAGAAAAAAAAAGCAAAAAAA